ACGAUGUUAGCCCUCUUAUUUUCUUAGCCAAACUCUAGACGCCUCCCUCGAAGACGACCAGACCAAACCAGGCCAAGCAAGCAUCACUGCUGACGGAGCACAGGGACGACGCACGCUGGCUACCGGAGCUAGCUCGCUGGUUGUUGCAAAGCUGCGUUUUUCGUUCCCUUUUCUUCUCUACUUCCUUUUCUCUGGCAUGGGAGCUUGCUAGAUAGUAAAAGCUUGGGUUAUUGUGUGUAUUUAUUUUGCCACACUAGUUUUCUGGAAAAAGAUUCUGGCUUUGUUUGAUCAUCCAUGGGGGAGAUUCAAACUUCAAGAAAGCCAAUUGAUUCUUUACUGGAGAAGGUCCUGUGUAUGAACAUUCUUUCUUCAGACUAUUUCAGAGACCUUUACCGGUUGAAGACUUACCAUGAGGUGAUCGAUGAAAUAUACAAUCAAGUUGAUCAUGUGGAGCCAUGGAUGACUGGAAACUGUCGGGGACCUUCCACUGCCUUUUGUCUCCUGUACAAGUUUUUCACCAUGAAGCUCAAUGCUAAGCAAAUGCAUGGGCUACUGAAGCAUCCUGAUUCUCCGCACAUAAGAGCUAUUGGAUUCCUGUACCUAAGGUAUGCCGCAGACCCAAAAACAUUGUGGAGCUGGUUUGAACCAUAUAUUAGAGAUGAUGAGGGGUUAUCAUGAGAUUGCUGGAUGUUUGCAUUUUGGUGUUCUUGGCCCUUCUCUCUCUUGAAAUGCCAGUUGUAGCCACCGGGUAGGUAGAAUUGGUUAUUGUGUGUGCUGUGGCCAAGGUGUAUUCAUCUCAUGUUAUUAUCACUGAAGAAUGUUACGGUUUUCUCUGAUUGUCUUUCUCAGGACAACAGGAUUUUGAUUUUGUCAGAAUUAUAGAUAUUGCAAGGGUUUAGAUUUCUUGAGUUGGGGGUGUAAUGUUAAAGUAUUUGAUGUGACUAGAGCAUUGGUUUUCUGGCGUUUUCAAGAUAUAUCACAAAUAGUAUAUGUUGUGUUUUCAAGAUGUAUCACAAAUAUAUAUAAACCAAGCUUAUAUGAGAAUCGGGAGAAAGAACCAUGUCACUUUUUGGGAAAAAAUUGUUACUUUUAAGAAAAAAUUCUAAAAAUAAGAAAAAAAACUGACAAGAAAGUGUUACUUUUUACUUAAAAAUGUGUUACUUUUUGGCAAAAAGUGUUACCAGACAAUAUUUUUCCCCCAAAAUAGAAUUUUCAGAGAAAAUAACUUAUGAACGUGCUAAAAAAGUGUUACAUAUUACACAAAAAGUUGUUACUUUUGGCAAAAAAAGUUAUUUUUCAGACAAUAAUUUUUUCCAAAAAAAUCCAAAUUGACAAAACAAUUGUUACUUUUCGGUUUGCAAAGAUUAUGGUUUCGGUGUUACUUUUUGAUGAAAACAAUUGCUACUUGGCAAAUCAUUUUUUUUUUAAUUUUGGAAUAUUAGCAAAUGUCUUGAGUUCAUAUUGCUGUACUCUAUUACUUUUGUCUUAUAACCACAACAUAGGAUGCAUUAAAAUCCCAAGUCGUGAUAUCUAAUUUGCAGUUCACCUGUUGCUUUUAUGUAACAAAAAUAUCACACUGAGGGAAAUUUCUUAGCAACUGAGGUCCCCCACAAGAAAUUCAAGAGGGUUUCACAUUCCUUAAUAGCAGUUUCCCCAGAAUGAGUGUAGAUGGCCUGUAGGUAAUCUAUUCGCAUGAGGGAAAAGGUGAAUAGCUACAUUUUACUGGAAAAUUUGGUGCUACCAAGUAUAAUCAAUAUUACUAGUGGUUGCUCGAUGUUUUUAUAGUUGUACUCGCUCUUAUUUGUGAGUUCAACGUAUUAUAAUCGAUACCUACUUGUUUUGUAAAAAUAAGCUACAAGUCCAUGAAUGGAAGUGAAUUUAUAUUAGAGAACCUUCUAUUGUCAGGAAUCAUGAUUCACAAUCUUGGUCACAUAACCAAGUUCUUUCUUGGACCAUGAAUGACGAACACGCUGUAAAAGGGUUAACCUUGUAUGUUAAGUCUAAAUGCUUUUUUCAACUUCUUCCCCUUUUUUUCAAGAUGACUAGGCAACCUUUUUAUUAUCACUGAUUUUGUUUCAAAGAUUUGACAGUUGCAGCUUCAUCAACAAUGAAGAGGUUUGGUUUGGUGCAUACAUCCCAAGAAUGAUAAG